GGCAAUGUGUAUGUGUGCACUGCUGACGACAUACGUGCAUAUCGAUUGCGUGCCUGGCGCAGUGAAAUAUUGAUCUGCCGCCGCCACCCUCGUCCACCUUCGUCCGUCUCCGCGCGCAGCCGCUCUCCCUCGAUCACCCACCCGCGGUCGCCAUGCUGUUUUCGACCAGUGAGCCGUAGUGAGCGCCGCCGCGACGAUGCCGAAGAAGAAACCCAUUCCGGUGGAGGACCUCAUCAUCCCGCCGCAAGACGGCCGGAUAUGUGGUACUAUCUGCAUCUGUCAGAUGACCUUAGUCCUCAGCAGCGUCGCCAUCGUAUAUCUAACAGUCGCCGUCUAUGUGCCCUCCACGCGCGCCAUGAAAUACGGCAUGGUGGAGGACCCAGUGAUGUGUACCACCACUCAGGCCAAGCAAGUGGAAUCCUGUGAUUGGGGCUCCUGUGGUGAGUGGUGUCUGAGUAAGACAUCCGGCGCUUGUAUGCAGAUCUACGUCAACCUGCGCUACAACGGCUCCAGCAUCCUCUUGGCGAACUGUACCAACACCGCGAACAAAACUUGCUAUGGCAUCGAUCAGGAGAACGCCAAACGCAGCAGGUGCAUUGCGGACGAGUGCAAGAAUCUCACCGGGACCUUCAACUGCUCCAGUGGGAUGUGUAUCAACAUCACGGAUGCCUUCGAGUGUACCUUCAAGGACACCGAUCCGCCUCUCAAGUGCUCCGGGCGUAGAGGAAAGAUAACAUGUAUCGACCUGGAUGGAUUGUACAGCUGCAACAGAGGUACUUGUGAGCGCAUCCGAACACCCUACAACUGUGACCGCAGAUGUGUAGACAUCCCAACCCGGAAUAAAAACGUUAUACUCCUCAGCGGCGACAAGGUCUACUUAUCCAACUGUCAAAGGGCAUUAGUCUUAGACUCCGAGGAAGAGAUAUGGAAUGAAUCCCAGGAGAAGAUCAUGAUGGCGUCUUGCUUCAACAUCUUGAAUGAUAGUCGUGGAGUGGUUGCAAUUGACUGCGUGAAUGGAUCUCUCCUCGAGACCAAUGUCCUUACAGACCUGACCAACUUCACGUACCUGAGCUAUUUGAGUGUGUUUAACACAGCGCCCCUAGAUGAGACCAGAAAGGUUUGUCCCCCGGAAGAAGAUCUAAUCAUAGCGAAUGAUUCCAGGCUGUUGAUCAACCUGGAGGGUUGUGUCAACACAUUGCGGGAUGAGUGCAAGGAGUUUCUACGGGUCUAUGGUAAAGAUGGCACUGAUCAUAAUGCACGAGCAAGAUUUACGUGCUACUAUUCGAUGAUGGAUACCAAGUCGGUGGUGGCUCGGUUCGACCUGGAGACACAAAAGUUUCAGUUCAUGAUUGCGUCGGUGGUGCCCACGGUGUUGUUCUGCGUCUCGUGCACCGUACUGGUGUUGUGCCAGCGGACCGUGGUCGUCGGCGAUGAUGCCAAGAUGCGGUUCGCGGGGUGCGCGGCGACGAAAGAGGCGCAGGCUGCUACCGCGGCUGCCGCCGCCGCCGGUCUCACCAGAGAUAUCGUUGAUAAAGUGGGUUCUCUCAACGAUUUGACGGAGCGAGGCGGCGGUGGCAACGGCAACAAUAUCAUGGCACUCUGAGAUCAAUCACGCGUUCCCCUGCUGCUGGAUAGAGGCUGAAAGGGCUCUUUGUAGCAUCUACGACGCAUAAGGGGAAAGCGUGCUUCAUUGCUAAUUAAACUAAUUUACAAAUCGGGCCAAGAAGAGCGACGGCGACGGCGUCAGAAUGGAGGA